UCUUUACCUUCUGAUAUUGCUCCCCCUUCACUCUCAGCGCAACUCUCAUCUUUCACACCCAACACUGAUGGAUCUCCUGCAAGCCAAGCAUCACUAGUGUUUGAUCUCGUCCGAUCUUUGGUGGGAAAACUCUGAUUUGGGAGCUUUGAUCUCUGGUCUCAACAAAGCUCUCAUCAUCCACAAGCUCAUCUGCAUUCAUGGCUCCUAGAUGAAGAAGAAGAAGAAAAAGAAGGGGGACGGGUGAUUCAAUGGGUCAAAUUCUAUCCAUUAUUAUUCGCUGGUUGUGGGGUGAAAAAGAUGAUAAAAAGAAGCCAAGUGAAAAACUACCCCUGAUUUCUCCACCGAGAUUGGGCUCAGACACCAACUCUUCAAGCUCAAGGCCUGCGUUGCAACCAAAUCCAAUUACUUCUCCACCGAGCUUAGGAUCAUGUAGGGACUACACAUUGCAGACAAAUCUACGGACUCAUCCUACGCCUCCACUGAGCUCUAGCUCUAACUCUAGCUCUAGCUCUAGCCCAUUCACCCACUCCAAAACAAGUGGUGCAUCACGUCUUCAGCCAACACUACAGACUCAUCAUCAACUCAACUCGAGCUCAUGUGGCCUCUCUAUCGCCACUGUAUCAUCCCCUGUCCAGCCAAAACUAGAGACUCACCAACAACUGAGUUCUAGCUCAUGCAGCCAAUCCAGCACAACCCAUUUUUACCCAAAACCAGUGCAGACUCAUCAGCCACUCAACUUGAGCUCAAAUGGCCUCUCCAGCACGACUGUAUCAUCCCCUGUCCAGCCAAAACUAGAGACUCAACAACAGCUAAGUUCUAGCUCAUGCAACCAAUCCAGCACAACCCAUUUUUACCCAAAACCAGUGCAGACUCCUCAGCCACUCAGCUCCAACUCGUGUGGCCUAUCCAGGCCGAGUGGUACUUCUCAUGCUCAGCCAAAGAUACAGACUCAUCCUUCACUACUCUCUAGCUCCUGCAGCCACUCUAGCGUGAGUGGUGCAUCCCAUUUCCAGCCAAAUCCAGUGACUCUUCCACUGAGCUCUGUCCCAAGCAGCAACUCAGGCAUCAAUGGUGCAUCGCAGCGAAACUCUCUGGGUUUUCCACUGAGCUUGGACCCACGCAGCAAUUCCAGGUCUGAUGAUGCAUUGGAUCUGUUAAUUCCUGCAAAAUUUAAAAACCAAGUUGUAGGUGAUGAGAAGCAAGUUUCUGCACGGCUCCACCAUUACAACAUAAUUGAAGAAAACGAAGAACGAACCAGAGGAGUGGUAGGAAAAAAUUGGUGGGACUGUAGCAGCUGUGAAGAAGACCUAGAGGAAGGAAAGCUUAGAGUAAGAUGGAUAAAGCACUACAGCAGUGAGUACAAAAUAUUGCUGGUGGGUGAAGGGGACUUCUCAUUCUCUGCGUCUUUGGCUGUGGCUUUUGCUUCUGCUACAAACAUAACCGCUACUUCUCUUGAUUCUAUAGAGUUUUUGAGCACAAACUAUAGGCUUGCCUUGUCCAACAUCGAUAAACUCCGGAGCUUGGGUGCUAAGGUCAUGCAUGAUGUUGAUGCCACCAAAAUGGCAAACGUUUUCCCAUUCAAAUGCAUGCGUUUUGAUCGAGUUGUUUACAACUUCCCACUUGCUGGAUUUUUUCCCGAUGAACCCAAAGAGGAUGAGAUCUGGCGACAUCGGAUGCUGGUACAGCAGUUUUUAGAAAAUACGAAGAAGUUGAUUCACAUAGAUGGAGAAAUCCACAUUACUCACAAAAGCAAUGGCUUCUUUUAUGAGUGGAAUUUGGAAUUUCUAGCCUCAAGAGUUGGGCUUCGACUUAUAGAAGAAGUGCCCUUUAAUUUUAGGGACUACCCAGGGUACCGCACCAAGUAUGGCUUUGGGGGUGACAAUAACUUCAACUGCAGUCCCAGCAAAACUUACAAAUUUGGGCAUAAAAAACCAAUUGAGAAGCCUAGCUACAGAUUUAUGAAAUGAUCCAAGUGGGAGGAGUUUGAAACUUUGUUUUUGUAAUUAAUACAAUGAAUGUUGGUGUGGAGGAAAUCUUUGUAGAUGCAAAGGUUUUUAUAUAGCAAAGGGGAAAAGGGUGAAUUCUGGUGAUAUUGCAGGGCAAUUCAAAUAUAUAUAUGUUUUCAAUGCUUCUAUGUUU